CGCCAUCUUGACCCAGAUCAACCCAGAUCAACCCAGAUCAGAUCCGGCACUCUCUUCGCUCUCUCCCCCGGCCACUCGCUCGCUGUGAUCCGAAUCUCGACAUGUGCCGUCGAACCACACUUUUCCUGUGGCUGUUUCUUGCCACUCUGAUCGUCGUUGCUCAGGCCUCUGGAGCCGACGGGCGAAUUCAAGCAAAGGGCAGACAGGAGCUCGAGGCCCUCAAUCUCGAUCAAGUGCGCAAGCACUGCCAGGACCUGGGCAUCCCCAAGUGUCUGCGGCUGCGGGGCAAGCGAGAGCUCCUGUUUGCCAUCGAACUAUCGCAGCAGUUCCCUGGCGAGACCAUCCCCGAGAUGUUCUACGUGCCAAAGAUCGAGGAGCACAUGCGCAUCGCCAAGCGCAUGUUCCGGCUCAUCCGCACACAAGUCGAGAGCGAUCAAGCUGACGAUCGUGCCGGCAUCGUCGACCUGACCCAGCGCAAGGACAGGGACGGCAUGCUGUACUCGCUCUUCCGGACCGACCCCAGCGGGCCAACCGGCUACGAGGCCCUCUACAAGAACGAGCUGUAUCUCGGUCGCUUUGCCGGCUACGACCCCGCCGAAGCCGUCGAGGACUGGGAGCGUCGAUGCGGCCAGACUGCCCGUCUGAAAAAGUUUGUCCGGGCCGAGCGGGUCCGGCUUGCCCUCGAUCUGCUCAGGCUCGAGCUCCAGGUCCGCGGAUACUCGCUGAAGCACAUUCCGACUCCUGACGACGCCCGGAUUUCUGAGGGAUGCGAGCUGAGCCAGGGCUGGGUCAGCGCUCCGGCUCCGCUGGUGACCGAGCUCAUGAUCAAGUGGCUCAAAUAUGUGAAGCGGGUGUUUGUCGACGAAUGGCAGUUCCACCGCGAGGGCGAGGGCACCCAGCGUCAAGAACUUUAGUUUGAGCAUGGUCGAUGAGUAUGGUCGAUGAGCACGAAUACGGAUAUGCCAGAGCAAUACACAGAUGGACACUUGACACAUGA